AUGACAGCCCUUCGAACAAUCCUAGUAGGCGGAGCUACAGGUCGACAAGGCUCGGCACUCAUCGACGCUUUAAUCUCCACGCCAGAUACCCAUUCGCAAUUCGUCCUCCUGGCGCUUACUCGGGACGCCUCAUCCGCCCGAGCUCAGAGGUUACUUAACAAAUCACCAAAGAUGAUCAAACUGGUUCAAGGAGACUUGAACAACCCCAAAGAGGUAUUCCAACGUGCCAGGGAAUCAAGUCCUGACGGGAAAGUAUGGGGAGUAUUCUCGAUGCAAGAUAAAGAUCCCAAGGUAUACCCGAAUUACCUUGAUUCUCCAGAGGUCAAACAAUCCUUCGGUCUGAUUGAAGAGUCUAUCAAGAAUGGUGUACAAUACUUUGUAUAUACUUCAGGAGAUAGGGGUGGAAAUGAGAAAUCGUGGGAGAACGAAACCAAUGUUCCUCAUUUCAGGACUAAAUACCAUAUCGAACGAUACCUCCUCAAUCAGAUGAAAGAAACCAACAGUACGAUGAAAUGGACGAUUUUCAGACCCACAAUGUUCUACGAGAACCUAGAACCGGGUUUCGAUAUCAAGAUAUUCAUGACUUCCUAUCGAGAUACCCUUAAGAACAAAAAAUGUCAAUGGAUAUCAACGAUUGACAUUGGCAUAUUCGUCUCGAAAGCUUUCCUCAAGCCUGAAGGAUAUCACGGUAAAGCGAUAUCUUUGGCAGCUGAAGAGUUCACGUUUGAAGAGCUAGAUGAGAAAUUCAAGAAGGUCACGGGAAAGGGUGUACCGGUCACAUUCGGAUUCAUGGGCAAGACUCUUGGACUGGCGGGAAAACAUUAUCAGGUGAUGUUGGACUGGUUCAGGGAUGAAGGUUACCAGGUUGACAUUGAGGCUUGCAAAAGGAUACACCCCGGGAUGAUGAGUAUGGAGGAGUGGUUGAAGGAGAAGAGUGCUUAUCCGAAGAAGGAAUAG